ACGAGCGGCAGUCGGCCACGCGAGAUUCCCCCGCGAUCAGUCCCCGCGCAGUUUGCGGCUCCGCGGUCCUCGGUUCGAGCCCCAGUGCGUAUCGCGGAUCCAGCCGCACCGCUAGCCUCCCGAGAUUAGAACUCUCUCCUCACGCUCCGUGAAACCACCCAUGGUCCGUAAGAAGUGUUGUCGGGAAAUUAGAUUGCGUGUGUGUGUUGAACUGUGACGUCAACGUGUGAUGGGAGGCAUGAUCGAAAGGCUGCUCAUUGUAUCGCGCCGAACGUGGAAGUUUUUCUAACAUUGUUGAAACCGGACCCAAGUUCCGUCGUAUUAAGCUCACCGUCAUCCAGUGGAAACUAACUCGACAAGAACAACGUAUCCAAGGAUGAAUCCACCCGGUUUGGAUGAUGUGGCGCCCAAGGACCCGAAAGCCGCUCAGCAAACGCGCCAGGAAUUCACCGAGCAAGAUUUUGAGGGUCACAGAGCAGCCAUGUUCAUCGGCGUCCACCUACCCGGGCAGAAGAAGCACAGGCGCCACCACCGACACAAGAACAAGAACAAAAACGACGACGAGGAGGACGAGGAAGAGGAACGACCAUCACCGCGACUUAUGAUGCGACGACGAAGCAGCAGGCUGGGCAGUUUUACCGACGAUGGAGAAUGGGCGCCACCGUCGCAGCGAGUGCAAUUUAUCCUGGGCGAGGACGGAGACAACGACUCCCACGAGUCGCACCCCCUUUUCUCCGAAAUGGAGGAGCUCAUAGGAGACGGUGACUCAGCCGAGUGGAAAGAAACUGCCAGGUGGAUCAAGUUCGAGGAGGACGUAGAAGAGGGCGGAAACCGAUGGUCGAAGCCUCACGUGGCGACGUUAUCACUCCACUCUCUUUUCGAGCUCCGAAGUUUGAUCCUCAACGGGACCGUCAUCCUGGACAUGGAGGGUCUCUCCCUCGAACAGAUCGUUGAUAACGUCCUCGACAAUAUCGUCAGUUCCGGCUCGCUCGAGGAACAUCUCAGGGAUAAGGUUCAUGAAGUCUUGAUGAGAAAACAUAGACAUCAACAUGAAAGACGGAAAGAAACCUCAUCGAGACUUCCCAUCAUCCGUUCUCUAGCUGAAAUUGGAAGAAACCACUCGUCCUCUAAAAAGAGUGUCUCCAGCCAAUCCAGCGAUACUGAGUUGACAGUAAGAAGAAGCGCAAGUGAUCCUUCUUCCAAAUACUGUGCGCAACCUCCAACAACUUAUGGUUCUUUUUUAACCGUACCCGGCAUUCCAGGGGUUCCAGGAAGCAAUCCUGGUGGCGAGGGUAUGGAAAGAAGUCCUAGCUCCGUGUCCAUGAACAAGAAUCAUAGCGCGGGCGAACUAAACGGUGAUCAUAAGGCUAAUACUCAUUUUAUGCGGAAGAUACCUCCAGGAGCAGAGGCCUCUAAUAUCCUCGUAGGAGAAGUAGACUUUCUUAGUAAACCACUUUCCGCCUUUAUUCGGCUCAAACAGGGAAUUUUUUUAGGCGAUUUAACCGAGGUUCCUGUUCCAACCAGAUUUAUGUUCAUCCUCCUCGGUCCCAUGGGUGGGAUCGGAAAUUACCAUGAGAUCGGGCGCGCAAUGGCGACGCUGAUGUCAGACGAGGUCUUCCACGAGGUGGCGUACAAGGCCAGGAAUCGGAACCAUCUCCUAGCCGCCAUCGACGAGUUCCUCGACGCUGUCACCGUUCUUCCACCCGGGGAGUGGGACCCCACCAUCAGGAUAGAGCCACCCGCUGCCAUACCCUCUCAGGACACAAGAAAACGACCAUCGGAUAAAUCGAGAGAGUCUAUCGACCCGGAGUUGGAGGAACAGAAACUUCGGGAGGAAUCUGGACUGUCUCGAACAGGACGGCUUUUUGGCGGUCUCAUCAAUGACAUCAAAAGGAAAGCACCCUGGUACCUCUCGGAUUUCAAAGAUGCGCUGGCGUUGCAGUGCGUUGCAUCGUGGAUUUUCCUGUAUUUCGCCUGUCUGUCACCCAUCAUUACUUUUGGGGGUCUCCUCAGCGAGGCGACCGGGAAGAACAUGGCCGCCAUGGAGUCCCUCAUCUCAGGAUUCGUCUGCGGGAUGGGCUACGGCCUUUUCUCCGGUCAACCUCUCACUAUUUUGGGAUCCACCGGACCUGUCCUCGUCUUCGAAACCAUAGUCUUCGAAUUUUGCAAGGAACGAUCUUGGGAUUACAUGAGUUUCCGCUUAUGGAUCGGCCUGUGGAUAGCCUUUAUAUUGAUCGUUCUCGUUGCAAUCGAUGCCAGUGCACUCGUCUGCUACAUCACCAGAUUCACCGAGGAGAACUUUGCCACACUCAUAGCUUUUAUUUUCAUUUAUAAAGCAAUAGAGAAUGUGAUAUCAAUCGGAAAAAAAUUUCCAUUAAAUAGGAAUAAACCUUUAGAUUGUGUCUGUCUUCCACCGUCAUAUAUUAGCGAUUAUCAAGUACCUGAUUCAACAGAUUGGACCUCUUUCGACAACACGUCAUGUCUCGCCCUGAACGGGACAAUGGGCGGUCCAGGCUGCUCUCCUCCUCCAUAUGUGCCAGAUGUCUUUCUUAUGUCAAUCAUUCUAUUUCUCGGAACGUUUAUUAUUUCUAUCGAGCUCAAGGAUUUCAAAAAUGCCCUAUUUUUCCCAUCUAAGGUUAGGCAACUUAUCAGCGACUUCGCAGUAAUUCUGGCUAUCCUCUCCAUGUCCGCUCUGGACUAUUUCUCGGGGAUAAAAACCCCCAAGCUGGAAGUGCCGAGCGAAUUCAAGCCGACACUGCCAGACCGGGGAUGGAUUAUCAUGCCGUUUGGUAUCAACCCAAUCUGGACGUGUUUCCUCGCCUUUUUACCGGCCGUCCUCGGCACGAUCCUCAUUUUCAUGGAUCAACAAAUUACAGCUGUCAUCGUCAAUCGCAAAGAAAACAAACUCAAGAAAGGCUGUGGAUAUCAUUUGGAUUUAUUUGUGUUGGCGAUACUGAUUGCAAUUUGUUCAAUAAUGGGUCUACCAUGGUUUGUCGCUGCAACUGUUCUCUCAAUUAAUCAUGUCAAUUCUUUAAAAUUAGAAUCUGAAUGUGCUGCUCCCGGUGAAAAACCUCAGUUUCUUGGGGUCAGGGAGCAGAGAGUGACGCACAUUAUGAUAUUUUUGAUGAUUGGUUUUUCUGUUUUGAUAACACCGAUGCUUCGUCAUAUCCCUAUGCCAGUUCUGUUCGGAGUUUUUCUCUACAUGGGCGUAGCAUCUUUGAAAGGGCUUCAAUUCUUCGAUCGAAUGCUAAUUAUUUUAAUGCCUGUCAAGUAUCAGCCCGAUUAUAUGUUCUUGCGACAAGUGCCAAUAAAACGUGUCCAUCUUUUCACUUUAAUUCAAUUGUGCUGUUUAAUUGUUUUGUGGCUGAUUAAGUCCUUUAGUCAAACAUCUAUAUUCUUCCCUUUGAUGCUGGUCGUAAUGAUAGGAAUAAGGAAGUCUCUUGAUUGGGUUUUUACCCAAAGAGAGUUGAAAAUUCUUGAUGACGUAAUGCCUGACACAAUAAGACGAAGUGAGGAGGAAGAACGACUUGAGGUGGAUGAGGAAGAGAAACCAAUGGGUUUCGAACCGAGCGGAAAUUUACAAAUUCCGCUUGCCAACGGGAAUAUAAUGAAAAUUCCUUUUGCAUCCAUCAAUAUUUCAGAGGAAGUAAAUAAAACAGGAAUAUGGAAACAAGUAAAUAGGGAUAGCACAGAGGAAAAAACAAAAGGAAAGAUCAUCAUACCCGCCAAAUUGAAGAAACGCGGAACGAAGAAAGAUGCAAUUUCCGAUGAAGAGAGGCGGCGUCUAUCAAUCAUGACGGAAGAGGACGAGGAGGAAGGACUCACGAUCAAGGUGGGGAAGAUUCUCCCCUAUCCCCCACCCACUCCAUUGUAAAACCCCAUUAGUAUGGACGUCGGGAAAAGAAAAAACUCUCUAAAAAAUUGGCUACCAACAUAUCUGAAGAAACCUGACGAAGAGACUGCUGUAUGACGGAGUGCUGCAUUUGUCACUUCUUUAUCACAGACACCAAAACUUUUGUUAUUCAUGACUAUUUUAUUAAGUGAUUUGCAUCAUAAGUUUUGUUUAAUAUUUUUACUAGGUCAUUGUUGAAUGUUAUAAAAUAAUAAAUUAUUACGUUGUCGUUAUUUUUAAA